AUGGGGGCUGCCCGCGUUCACCUGCAGCGGGCCAUCCGCCGGCAUACGAGGCGCCGUCUCCACCGCAGUGAGGGGCCUGUGUCGCACCUGGAGUCGAGUCUGGCUCUCGACCAAAACCUGCCCUUCCGCCUGCCCCUGCCGGAAGCUGGCUCAGGUGCCCUCCAGAUAGAGAACAGUGAGGAGACAGACCAGGGAAAGUAUGAGUGUGUGGCCACUAACUCUCAGGGCGUGCGCUACUCUUCACCGGCCAACCUGUAUGUGCGAGAGCUACGAGAAGUGCGUCGCGUGCCCCCUCGUUUCUCCAUCCUGCCCUCCAACCAUGAGAUCAUGCCCAGCGGCAGCGUCAACAUCACCUGUGUGGCGGUGGGUUCGCCCAUGCCCUACGUCAAAUGGAUGCUGGGUAGUGAGGACCUGACACCUGAGGACGAGAUGCCGGUGGGACGGAACGUUCUGGAGCUCAACGGUAUCAGGGAGUCGGCCAACUACACCUGCGUGGCCAUGAGUAGUCUGGGGAUUAUAGAGGCCACCGCACAGGUGUCAGUUAAGACUCUUCCCAAGCCUCCCGGUACCCCCAUCGUCACAGAGACGACUCCCACCAGUGUCACCAUCACCUGGGACUCCGGUAACCCCGACCCGGUGUCCUAUUACAUCAUCCAGUACCGGGCCAAGGCGCCAGACAGCAAGUACGAGACGGUGGACAGUAUCACCACCACAAGGUACAGCAUUGGAGGGCUCUACCCCAACACAAAGUAUGAGAUCAGGGUGUCGGCCUUCAACAGCAUUGGCCAGGGACCCUCGUCCACCCGGGUGGAGGCCAGGACAGGGGAGCAGGCUCCGGCUAGCCCACCCAGGAACGUCCAGGCCAGGAUCAUCUCCAAGAACACUGUCAUGGUUCGCUGGGAGGAACCGGAGGAGCCCAACGGACAGGUGAAAGGUUACCGUGUGUACUACACCAUGGACCCAUCUCAGCCCAUGAGUCUAUGGCAGAUCCAUAAUGUUCAGGACAGCACCAUCACCACCAUCCAGAGCCUGGUACCCUCUGAGACAUACACUGUCAGAGUCCUGGCCUUUACAUCUGUGGGAGACGGACCCUUCUCUGACCCUGUCCAUGUCAAAGUGCUGCCCGGAGUUCCAGGGCAGCCAGGGAAGUUCAAAGUGGGCAAGGUGACGGACACCAGUAUAGAGCUGACCUGGGAACCGUCCUACAUCAAGGAGGGCAUCGUCAACUACGAACUGCUCUACAAACCUGUCAAGUUCGGCAGCCUGGAGAAGUUGACGUUUGGGCCCAGGGCGUCGUACACAGUGGAGGGUCUGAGGGCUAACACGGAGUACUCCUUCUCCCUGGCUGCCAUUUCAAACAAAGGCAUCGGAGCCUUUACCAACGAGCUGGUCCAGAGGACAGCACAAGCCAAUGUCCCGAGGAACUUCUCAGUGAACCUGGCGACCAAGACGAGUGUUCUCCUGACCUGGGAGUUCCCUGAGAGCCCCUACCCCUACCAUUUCACUGUGGAGUAUAACCGGCAGAAGAUGGAGGUGGAUGCCAGGCUGAGGAAAGCAGUGAUCCCCAACCUGCAGCCAGAUACCGACUAUGACUUCAAGAUCACCUCUGCUGAGGGCAACAUGGGCGGGCUGAGGCACCGCAUCUACGCCAAGACCUCUCCACCAAUUGCCAUCCGCCGUCCGGAGAUUGACCACACCCGUGACACGGAGACCACCAUCACCAUCAUCCUGCCCUCGCUGGAGAACCGCAGCCCUGUCAAGAACCUGUAUGUGGUGGUAGUUCCUCUGAGGAGGGCGAGGGGGGUCAUUAGACAUCUCAAGAGCCCAGACGAGAUGGACCUGGAAGAGUUGUUGAAGGACAGCAGUCAGAGACAGCAGAAACAGGCAGACUUGCGCAGAGCCUACAUCUCGGCCCUCUUCACCCCUGCUACUCUGCCCGCCUUUUUCACUCUGGGGGACCAGCUGGACUACGGAGGCUUCGAGAACCGCGCUCUAGAACCGGGACAGGAGUAUGUGUUCUUCAUCCUGGCGGAACUCAAUGGCACGACAGUGAAGAUGUAUGCGGACAGUCCGUACACAGACCCAGUGAUCGCUCCGGACUCUGACCCCCAGCCGCUGGAUGCGGGGGAUGGUCUGAUCUGGGUGGUGGGACCCGUCCUGGCUGUAGUCUUCAUCAUCUGCAUCGUCAUCGCCAUCCUGCUCUACAAGAACAAGCCAGACAGUAAGAGGAAGGACUCUGAGCCAGGCACCAAGAGCCUUCUGGGUAAUGCUGAGAUGAUGGCCCACCACCCCACAGACCCCGUUGAGAUGAGACGCAUCAACUUCCAGACCCCUGGUAUGAUGAGCCACCCUCCCAUUCCCAUCACAGAGCUGGCUGAACACACAGAGCUGCUCAAGGCCAACGAUAACCUGUGUCUGUCUCAGGAGUACGAGUCCAUCGACCCUAGUCAGCAGUUCACCUGGGAGCACUCAAACCUGGAGGUGAACAAGCCCAAGAACCGCUAUGCUAACGUCAUCGCCUACGACCACACCCGCGUCGUCCUCGCCCCCAUAGAAGGUUCAAGUCCAGGUAUCCUGGGCAGUGACUACAUCAAUGCUAACUACAUAGAUGGCUACAGGAAGCAGAAUGCCUACAUCGCCACACAGGGCCCACUGGCAGAGACAUUUGGGGACUUCUGGAGGAUGGUGUGGGAACAGAGAGCAGCCUCCGUGGUCAUGAUGACCAGACUGGAGGAGAAGUCACGGAUAAAGUGUGACCAGUACUGGCCGAGCCGGGGUUCAGAGACCUAUGGGAUGACUCAGGUCACCCUAUUGGACACUAUGGAACUGGCCACCUUCUGCGUACGCACCUUCUCCCUGCACAAGAGUGGUUGUAGUGAGCUGAGGGAGGUACGUCAGUUCCAGUUCACUGCCUGGCCGGACCACGGUGUACCAGAGUACCCCACCCCAUUCCUGGCCUUCCUACGCAGGGUUAAAGCCUGCAACCCCCCUGAUGCUGGUCCUGUCAUCGCACACUGCAGUGCGGGCGUGGGUCGUACCGGUUGCUUCAUCGUGAUCGACGCCAUGCUGGAACGGAUCAGACACGAGCGCACGGCCGACAUCUACGGUCACGUCACUCUGAUGAGGUCACAGCGGAACUACAUGGUGCAGACGGAAGACCAGUACGGCUUCAUCCACGAGGCGCUGCUGGAAGCAGUGGCUUGUGGGAACACGGAGGUGGCGGCCCGGAACCUGUUCUCCUACAUGCAGAAGCUGGGCAAGGUGGAGAGUGGAGAGCACGUCACCGGCAUGGAGCUGGAGUUCAAGCGUCUGGCCAACACCAAAGCCCACACGUCUCGGUUCGUCAGUGCCAACCUGCCAUGUAACAAAUUUAAGAACCGCCUGGUCAACAUCAUGUCCUAUGAGACCACCCGCGUCUGUCUGCAGCCAAUCAGAGGCCUGGAAGGAUCAGAUUACAUCAACGCCAGCUACAUUGAUGGAUACAGGCAGCAGAGAGGUUACAUGGCUACCCAGGGCCCACUGGCUGAGACCACAGAGGACUUCUGGAGGAUGCUGUGGGAACACAACUCUACCAUCGUGGUCAUGCUCACUAAACUGAGGGAGAUGGGACGGGAGAAGUGCCAUCAGUACUGGCCCGCAGAGCGGUCAGCUCGGUACCAGUACUUUGUAGUGGACCCCAUGGCUGAAUACAACAUGCCUCAGUACAUCCUCAGAGAGUUUAAGGUCACCGAUGCAAGGGAUGGCCAAUCACGGACAGUUCGUCAGUUCCAGUUCACCGAUUGGCCAGAGCAGGGAGUUCCUAAAUCUGGAGAGGGCUUCAUCGACUUCAUUGGCCAGGUGCACAAAACCAAGGAGCAGUUUGGACAGGACGGCCCAAUCAGUGUCCACUGCAGUGCGGGUGUGGGGCGGACCGGAGUCUUCAUCACUCUGAGUAUCGUUCUGGAGAGGAUGCGCUACGAAGGAGCUGUGGACAUCUUCCAGACUGUCAAGAUACUGAGGACACAACGCCCUGCCAUGGUACAGACAGAGGAUGAAUACCAGUUCUGCUACCAGGCUGCCCUGGAGUACCUGGGGAGUUUUGACCACUAUGCAGCCUAAGAGAGGAGAGGAACUGUCAUCCCUCGAUCCUUCUGUUCAGAUAAGAGGUCCACAGAGAUGCGAACGAGAGGUGCAGGUUGGAAAAUGACAAAACAAUGAACCUUAUAUCCCACUGGAGGGGCGACGCUACUAACAAGGAGUUAUUAUACAAGAACAACAACAGCAACAUACAAAUCAAUAACAUACAAAACAACAACAACAUACAAAACAACAACAACAUACAAAACAACAACAAAAACAUACAAAACAACAACUACUAGACAAACGUCAAAGAAAACCUGCACUCUCAGGAAAGACCUGCAAAGGUUGUGUUGGGAGUCG